AGGGCCGGGAGCCGAGCCUCCUGUUCAUUAGCAGUUGAGAAAAAUUCCUUUCUAGUUUGAUCAAUCCUUGUUUUCCUCGGCAGAGCCGGGGCGCCCGCCCAGCGCGGAGACGGAGAGCGGGGUCUCUCGCGGCGGGGGCGCCCGGCGCCGGGCCUCGGGGGAGCGCAGAAGUAGCGACGAGGGGGUCAGGCCGGAGCACCGACGGGGCUUCUUCUCCCUCCCUUUCUGGUUGGUUUUUUUUUUUUUUUUCCACUUCUCUCCCUCCCCCUUCCGUUUCUAUUUGUGAAGGGAGGAGGAAGGCAGAGGCGGGCUGGUGUCUCUGGCCGGGGACUGGAAUUUCAUCUGAAUGACUGCCCCUGCGCUCACGCAGUGCCCCGGAGUCGGCCCGCCUGCGCCCCGCAGCCCGCACCCGCAGACGGCCGGCCAGCCGGGGGGCGCCCGCGCCGCGGCGCGGGGACCGGCUUGCCUCGCCCUCCGGGUCCGGAUCUAGAAGUCCUUGGCGCGGCCGCACUCGCUUCUCCGGCCUCUCAGACCCUGGACUAGGCGAGGGAGACGCGGCGCCGGCGAGCCAGGAGAGAGCCACCAUUGCCGCCGCCGUCGCUGGAGGAAGUGUGCGGCUCCCGGGCUCUGUCCGCCUUGGGGCGCGCCCCAAUGUCAGCCGCGGGGCCGAGUGCAGGCCGUGGGCCACCGCUGCCCUAGCCGCGCCGACCGGGAGGCGGCCUCUUAUAUGGAAUUUGGACCCCGGCACUCCCCUCCAGGGCUGGUGCCCCGGCCGCGGCCCUGGCGCAGUCCGCGGUCUCCCGCUAGGCGCUCGGGAGGAGGAGGAGGAGACGCAGCCGGCUGCGCGCGCUGCGUGAGGACCGAGGCUCCCUCCUCUGGGGGGCGGGCGCGCGGAAGGCGCUGGUGACUGAGCGACUCUCGGGGCCGCCGGGGCCCGGAGAUCGGGGCUUGGUGGGCCUGUAGUGGCACCGGACGGACCCCCAGAGUUGGGGAGUUGGGGAGACCUGCCCGGGCCACCUGCCCGCAGCCGCUAUGGCGGAGAAUUGGAAGAACUGCUUCGAGGAGGAGCUCAUCUGCCCCAUCUGCCUGCAUGUCUUCGUGGAGCCGGUGCAAUUGCCGUGCAAACACAACUUCUGUCGGGGCUGCAUUGGCGAGGCGUGGGCCAAGGACAGCGGCCUGGUGCGCUGCCCAGAGUGCAACCAGGCCUACAACCAGAAGCCGGGCCUGGAGAAGAACCUGAAGCUCACCAACAUCGUGGAGAAGUUCAACGCCUUGCACGUGGAGAAGCCGCCGGCGGCGCUGCAUUGCGUGUUCUGCCGCCGUGGCCCCCCGCUGCCGGCGCAGAAGGUCUGCCUGCGCUGCGAGGCGCCCUGCUGCCAGUCCCACGUGCAGACGCACCUGCAGCAGCCCUCCACCGCCCGCGGGCACCUCCUGGUGGAGGCGGACGACGUGCGGGCCUGGAGCUGCCCGCAACACAACGCCUACCGCCUUUACCACUGCGAGGCCGAGCAGGUGGCCGUGUGCCAGUACUGCUGCUACUACAGCGGUGCGCAUCAGGGACACUCGGUGUGCGACGUGGAGAUCCGGAGGAAUGAGAUCCGGGCUCUGACUCUCAGGCUGGCAGCAGAUCCAUGUGCGUGUUGGGCUGGGGCAGGGCAACAUCUCCUAGGGCUGUCUCUUAAGAAGAUGCUGAUGAAGCAGCAGGACCGGCUGGAGGAGCGAGAGCAGGACAUUGAGGACCAACUGUACAAACUCGAGUCAGACAAGCGCCUGGUGGAGGAGAAGGUGAGCCAACUGAAGGAGGAAGUGCGGCUGCAAUACGAGAAGCUGCACCAGCUGCUGGAUGAGGACCUGCGGCAGACUGUGGAGGUCCUGGACAAGGCCCAGGCCAAGUUCUGCAGCGAGAACGCAGCGCAGGCGCUGCAUCUCGGGGAGCGCAUGCAGGAGGCCAAGAAGCUGCUGGGCUCCCUGCAGCUGCUCUUCGACAAGACGGAGGACGUCAGCUUCAUGAAGAACACCAAGUCUGUGAAAAUCCUAAUGGACAGGACCCAGACCUGCACAGGCAGCAGCCUUUCUCCCCCUAAGAUCGGCCACUUGAACUCCAAGCUCUUCCUGAACGAGGUGGCCAAGAAGGAGAAGCAGCUACGGAAGAUGCUAGAAGGCCCCUUCAGCACACCGGUGCCCUUCCUGCAGAGCGUCCCCCUGUACCCUUGUGGUGUGAGCAGCUCUGGGGCGGAAAAGCGCAAGCACUCGACGGCCUUCCCUGAGGCCAGUUUCCUAGAGACGUCGUCGGGCCCCGUGGGCAGCCAGUAUGGGGCAGCGAGCACAGCCAGCGGCGAGGGCCAGUCAGGGCAGCCCCUGGGCCCCUGCAGCUCCACGCAGCACUUGGUGGCCCUGCCGGGCGGCGCCCAACCAGUGCACUCAAGUCCUGUGUUCCCCCCAUCACAGUAUCCCAAUGGCUCCGCCACACAGCAGCCCAUGCUCCCCCAGUAUGGGGGCCGCAAGAUUCUCGUCUGUUCUGUGGACAACUGUUACUGUUCUUCCGUGGCCAACCAUGGCGGCCACCAGCCCUACCCCCGCUCUGGCCACUUCCCCUGGACAGUGCCCUCGCAGGAGUACUCACACGCGCUCCCGCCCACACCUUCUGUGCCCCAGUCCCUUCCCAGCCUGGCGGUCAGAGACUGGCUCGACGCCUCCCAGCAGCCUGGCCACCAGGAUUUCUACAGGGUGUACGGGCAGCCGUCCACCAAACACUACGUGACGAGCUAACGCUACGCGGGCGGUGGGACGCUGGGGAAUCUCCCCCGCUCAGCCCCCAGUGGCUCGGGAAUGAUGCAUCCAGAGACCUGCCCUUCUACUUUCCUGUCCUCCCUCCCUUCCUCCUUCAUUUCCCCAAGUCUUUUCCUUUUGGAUUUUGUUUUGUUUGGGGCUUGUUUUGAUUUUCUUUUUUAUCACGAAUCUCCUGGACUCGGAGGUGACAGUGGGAGCUGGCCUGGGCCGGGGCCGCAGGUGGCUCUGGAGUUGGGAAAGCGUCUACCUCAAGGCGCUGAGCUCUCUCUCUGUCUGUCUCUCCUUUUUUCUUCCACUCCUUCCCCUACCCACCCCCGUGGCUGGAAGGAGCCUCAGCUUCCCCUAAAGCCUUGGGGGUAGGGGCGGUUUCCAACUCUCCUUAGCCAGCCCUGGGAGGAGGGACCAGUGCCCACUGGCCUGCUUCUCCUCUUAUUUUUCUUUUGGGCAGUUUGAUCACUGACUAAAUAAGGAAUGACCUGUAGAUUGUGGGGCUUUUUUUUAAAUUUUUUUUAAAACCAAGAAUGAUUUCUCCUGCUUCCUUCUCACCAUCCUCCCAGACGGAGUUCAAAGGCCACUUCUCAAGCAGCUUUUGGCACCUUCAGCCUCAGAAUGGAAUCUUAAAGACAGGAACACCCAUGUCCAGGAAAGGGGAAAGGAACCUUGCCAAUGAUAGUGACCACAGCAAAAGCAAAUAAUAAUAAUAUUAAUAAUAAUAAAGAGAAAUAAAAGAAAUAAUAAAAUAAAAAACCAUAGCACAGCCCUUGUUGAGGUCAGCGGGAGAGGAGGGGCUGCCCGGAGUUGGGUCCUUGCCUGGAUUUUGACACAGCGACUUCCUGUAGUGAGCACUUUGUAUGAAUCGUGGACUUCCUGUUCUCAAGGCGCAGGUAUUUAUUCUGUAAUCUGUCUAGAGCACACACCGAAAUCCAACCUUCUAAUAAACAUAAUGGCGCAGUCCCA